AUGAGCAACAACGCCACAUUUGAUUUGGGCAAAAUUGACAAUACUUCCUUUGUGAGCGAUUUCAUCAAAUACCGGUACGACAAGAAGAUGCCCAAGAAGAUUGACGUGGGAACUUACCAGUCGAACUUGCAGAAGAUUGCCAAUUUCAACACGGUGGAGGACUUCUGGCGCCACUACAUCCACGUGAAGCGUCCGUCGCAGCUGAGUCGUGAUGUGAACCUUUAUCUGUUCCGUGACCAGCCGAACUGCGCGCCGAUGUGGGAGGCUUUCCCUCAGGGUGGCUGCUGGAUCCUCAAGAUCAAGAAGAAAGCCAACGUACUCGGUAAGAUGUGGCAGGACCUGGUCUUUGCCGCCAUUGGUGAGGCUUUCGAGCAGCUUGACGUCGUGGGUAUCGCCAUGGCGAUCCGCUCUAAGGAGGACAUGCUGUCUGUCUGGAACGCCGACAACUCGGACGACAACACCCGCUUUGCUAUCGGUGAGAAGCUGAAGGAGAUCCUCAUGCUUGAUUCCAACACGCUGGUGGAGUACAAGUUCCACGCAAACUCCAUCCGGGACAUGUCGACCUUCCGCAACGCGAAGCCCUACGUCUUCGCCGCUGCGACGCCGGCCACGACCAACUAAACUUUAGGUUCUGUGCAAAGGUCCUGUCUACAUACCGAGCAGCUGUUCGGCUGCAAGCGAGUUACAUGAACUGCGCGUCAGGGUCGGCCACGACGUCAACGCAAUAGAAAGCGGCGAAACCAUACGCGUAUAUUCGGGUAUGACACACCUUCACGUACUUGCUGUUAAAUGAUGCUUUUCUUUUU